AUGACAGCAUUGAAAACCGACGAGAGAUCGAGCCAGUAUAAUAUACGGCUCUUGUUGGCUGAGCGUGAGCCGAAUACUACUUCCACAAGCCUCGCAGAGACCCUCCGCUUGUUUCCAGUAUUGACCUACUUGGAUCUUUCAUACACCACACCAGCACGAGACCGCAACGUACUAUCGAAACUAGCUCAAAUGCCCUUCCUCCAGGUACUUAAAUUGCGUGACAUCGGGCUGAAAGACAAUGACGCCGAAUUUCUAGCCAAUGCAAUUGGACGACGAGUCCGUUGUCUGGAUUUGAGAGACAACAGGCUCACUGACCUGGCAAUCCGCUCUCUGUUGCAGGCAUCAUUUCGCCCGCCACACGGGGAGGAAAGGCAACAAAGCCCGAGACAGGCCACUGCUUCGCCAGACCCCUUCUCCCACUUUACAAUCAAUGAGUCUGGCUCAAACUUCUUCAAGCGGCCAGACUUAGAUGAACAGUUUGUGAAGCUUCUCGCUCGGCCUGUUUUAUACCAUCCAUGGGUUGAAGACUUACCGCAUACUGGAAUCACCCAUCUUUAUAUUACUGGUAAUCAAAUAUCCGUGGAAGCUGUGGCGAGUCUUUUGCUCUCGUCUCGGCUACAUGCUUUGGAUUUCGGGACCAUUAAAACCCCAGAUAAGGCACACCAGACGCAUCAACAUGGGAAGGAGAAGUAUCCCGGAGCUGAGAAGCUAGUCCCAAUUGUGGGUAAGGUUGCAGGGGACAAUUUGAUAUAUUUGCGAGCGCAUCAUGCUGUUCUCACUGGCCAACCACCAGCUAAAGACACUGCACCCAGUACUGAGCUUCUACCAGAGCUUUCGGCACAAGAAAGCCCCCGCGAAGUAGAGCAAUUCGAGUUGGAUAGCGCCCAGCAGGUUUAUGAGUUGGCCGAAGAGACAAGGCCUGUCUUUGAACUUGCAGAUACAUCAACAACCAACUCAAUAAGUCCAUCUUCGACGACAAAAAGGCUUCAGACUUCCCAACCAUUGGCAGCCUCCGAGGAUGAACAUGCACCGUCCGUCAGGCGUGGUUCGGCUUUUGCUCCGGAGGUUGUACAACCCAUCCCCGUCCACAGUGGCGCCAAUGGUGGCACGGUCUUUGGUGCUUCUAGGACAGAUACCUGGGAUACAGAGCAGGCUGAGGGAAGCACACUGCCCUCUAUUUCAAUGUCUUCGGACGGCGACACUCUUGCGACAGACUUCUCUCUCCGUACAUCCUUGCAAUGCAGCUCCCCAGUCUCAUCGAACGAUUCUCUCGCACAAAUAGUACAGGAGUUAUUGGCAAAGCGACCACAUAACCAAUCACUCCCGCUUCGAGGAGGGAAAGAAAGCUGGUACCCUUACCUACACCCAUCACAUAUUCCUCACAUGGAAUCUUUGGUACUGACAGAUGUACCCUCGCAUGUGAUGCAAAACUCAUCUAUACUCUCUGCACUCACUCGGUUCAUUACUGCAUGCUCAAACGAAGCAUUGCUAGCAACUCUACAAGCAGGAUCAGACUACUCCCUCCCACCAGGGCAAGCGCGCAUGCAAGCCGAGCAGCAGCGGUCACGAUCUCUCUUUGGCUUGCGGCGUCUAGUACUCGAAAUCACACCUGUCGAUACCACCAAACUGACAUCAUGGAAACCCGGGAACCAAUAUAAUGCCACAGGCCAUUCAAGCACGGGUGACCGCGACUCGGAGAAUCUUUGGUCUGCAGCUACCAAUGAUUUCAGCUUCUUUGGUGAAGAAGAGUGUGGAGUUCCUGAAAAUGAUCCUGGCAAAUACUUUCCAAUGGCUGUGCUUAACGAAAAGGUCUCGCUUGUGCCGGAGGACGACUCGUUACAUUCAGCCGAUUCUGCUCGACUCGGGCGUCACCUUCCACAAAGCACCAAGACCACCGACCCGUCAGGGACUGGGGACAAAAGACAGCAGUGCGAGGUCUCGAUGAUUGACCUUGUGGCGGAGCUUGCGGCCUUUCGUCGCGGCAAGAAGGCCGAGUAUGAGCAGGUGGUUCGUCGUGAAAGAGUACGGCGAAGCACCAUUGGCACGGGUGCUUCCGGCCUACUUAUGCCAUCAUCGCCCCAUAUUUCUCUCUCACAUUACGUCGAAGGCCAUUGGAAGGGAGAAGUAAAGGUCGUGCGGAACCCCAUGCCAAAGGUGCGGACCGGAACGGUAGACAUGUAUGGAAACUAUUUCGAGAAGGGGUACUUGUACCCAUGA